CUCCAAACUAAAAUACUCACACAGAAUAAUACACACAUUUUUGGCUGCACUGAAAAAUAUAAGGAAAUUCUUUUAAAUAGCUCCCACGAGAGCGCAAGAAAGCGGGUAGACACAGACAAAGGACAGGACGGAUAGGAGAGUGCAAAGGUGAUGUGAGAGGCAUGGAGCAGAAUGAGCCCCAAAACUGUGCCGAAACACUUCGGAGCAUGCGGCAGCAGAUCGCGCUGGCCAACGCACAGCAGAUGCUGGGCAAGAUAACGGUGAACUGCUUUAGGAAAUGCAUCGACAGGCCGGGCACAUCGCUGGCCAGAGCCGAGGAGCGCUGCUUGGUGCAGUGCAUGGAUCGAUUCAUGGACUCCCUCAAGGUGGUCUCUCUCACCUACAGCAAGCGACUCAUGCGAGAGACCAAGUAGAGCCCACA